AUGCGUGGUGAUCCACGUCGCCGGAGCCCGGAGAGCUCUAGGCGGCGAAGAAAGGACCGGCGUGACUCUCGCGAACAGCUUGCCUCCGCCGCCGCCGCCCCCUCCACCGUAUCCAGCAUGCCAGGCCCGUCUGCUCAACCACAGCAAUACCCUUAUUCGCAGCAGCAGCAACAGCAGCAACAAUACCAAUACCAACCCCAGACAUACUCUCCGUCGCAAUACUCCCAAUCCUACGCCGAACCCCAAAGAUACCCCGAUCAUGAAAGCUACGCUCCGAGACCUGAGCGAUACGAACAACAACAACAACAACAUCAUCAUCACCAAUACCAACAGCAACAAUCGUACGGGAACCCCCAGAGAUACCCGGAACCCGAGCGAUACGCCCAAGCUGAGAGAUAUUCUGAACCCCCCCAACAAUAUGCCGAACGCGAUCGAUAUGCCGGCUCCCAAGCAUCAGCAUCGGCAUACACCGAGCCUGCGAGAACGCGCCCGCGCGGCGGCUCGAGUUCGUCCGCCUCGUCAUCCACUUCGUCGUCCCUCCUCAACGUUUCUGCCAAGGCUCCAAGGUUCGGCGGUGUCUUUAGCACUUUUUGGAGGGCCCCCUCGGAGCAGCGUGAGCGACGGCGGAGGAAGAAGCAAAAGGCUCGCAUCUUCUUUGCUACGAACUCGUCUUCGUCCUCGGUCAACUCCGACCUGGCCUACGGCCGCGGCUACAUUGAACGCGACAAGAGCCAGGGUCCAACCCCCGCGGCUUCUGCUUAUGCCAGUCCCGCCAUGUAUCGGAAUGAGCCUGCGCCUACUGAGGUCCGUCAGCAACCACCACCGCCGCCUGAGCCGCGGCCCAAGACCGACGAUGAAGAAAUCCUCGAGAUUGGCCGCCAGUUGCAGGACAUCGCCAGGAGGCAGAAUGAAUCCGACAAGCGCGCCGCCGGCAAGUCCCGUGCGUCCCAGCUGGCUGGUGCCGCCGGUAUAGCCGGUGCAGCUGCUGCCUUUGGUCACUUCCGCAAUCACAAAGCGGGCGGCAAGAGUCAAGCGGGACCUUCGUCGAAAGUGCAGGAGUCUUCCUCUGACGACGACUGGGAAUCCGCGUCUGAGGAUGAGUCGUCCACGGAUAGUUCCGACAGCUCAGAUGGCGGCGGUUUGGCUUAUGGCUUUGACAAGCCGUCCAAGUCUGCCAGGAUCUCGGCCGAGCCUCCUGAGCAGAUUCAGCCGCCCGGACGGAAGAACACCGUCGUCGACCCGCGCCUCUUCGGCCCUUACAACUCCCUCCGCGGCGCCGUCAAGAGCCCCUGUGGCUUUGGCGAACAGGACGACCCUCGAUCUGCAGGCUCGUUCCGCCGUCAUCACGAGGAAACCGUCGCGCAAGUCCAGUCACCCAAGACCGAGAAGAAGCCAGUGCAGCAGCCGAUGCAGCAUGUGUAUCCCGUGCCAACUUCGGACCCAGACAAGUUUGACUUUGACCGCGCUUCUGUGACCGCGUCUAGGCAAGACCUUCCACAACAGUCCCGACCCGCCCCUGUUCCCCUGCAGCAACCUAAGCCCAUUGUCCCGGUCUCAUCCAAGGUUUAUGAUGCGGACAGAUAUGUAGAACCCCGGACUUUCAAGCGCCAGACGCCCACGGGCAGGAGCCCUGGUAGGAUCCCCGUCGAGACAGCCAUUGCCGGUGCUGGGGCCGCAGCCGCGGCCAUUGGCGUGGCCAUGGCUAACCGUAGGGACUCUGCCGAUCACGUUCAACGUCACGACGAGCGCCGGAGUGAGGCCUGGGAGAGGCGAGACCACGCCCGCGAGUCUCGGGACAGCCGUCGACCAGACGAGCGGGUAGAUCAGCCUGUCAAAAUUGAAAUGGACGACCGUGAACGCCGCGAUCGCAGCGAACGCCGGUCAUAUAGGCAUAGCCCCGUCGAGAUCAUCGACCAACGAGACAAGAACCGUACCGCCCGCGGCGAUGCCCCUCCCGAGCCGACCAAGAAGCCGGAAGCACGUCCAGAUGCCCGUCCAGAUGCCCGUCCAGAGGUGUACCGGCUGCCGAAAGGUGACGAAAUCCGAGUAGAGUAUGACCCGGAGGAAGAUCGACAGCGCCGAGAGAAACCCAAGGAGCCUCGUAAAGAAGAACGUAAGCCGGAAGUCGUCGAAGAACGCCGGGAUGCGAAGCGGGUAGAGAAGCAAAAUGACUUACCCCGAGAUCAUCAUGGGGUGGAGCAACCCGAGGUCCCCUUUACACAAGCCCCUAUUGACCCUUUCCAGUUCCAGGUCGCUGACGACGCUUUUCAAACACCGAAAUACGCGACGCCCAAGAACGCCACGCCCAAGAGGCCGCUGACUCCCCAGGUCGUGACUGUUGAUCGCGAGCCUAAUUUCGACGAUUCGCCCCCGAGGAAGCCCGACUACUCGGAUUCACGAAUGAGCCGCAAGGAUUCUUUCGAGCUCGAGCAAAGGUUGGAGCAUUACCAGCAAGGCUUCAGAGACCGCUCGAGAACGCCGGAACCCCGCCGUCGCAGAGACUCGUUCGAAGAGGAGAAGCACGCCGCCAAGGCAAUUUACGACGAGGUCAAGCAUGCCACUGCGCCCGUAGCCGCGGCCGCUCUUGCUUCUGCAAUUGCCGUAGAGGAACAGAGAUCGCGAAAACAUCGUAGUGAACAUGUCACCGAGGAUGGCUCGCGUAGCAGCUCCCAGGCUGCCAGAGACGCCGUCCAGGAAGAGGCCGACAGGCAUUACCGGGAGACCGUCCUUGCUCGCAAGAUUGCCGAGGACGAAAUUCGCUCUCGCAGCUCCUCGCCUCAUGACGGGUCUGUUGUAGGCAAGUACGAUGACGACAAGCGACCUGAAGUUGUCACCAUCGUGACGCCCCCAGAGAUGGACCAUCCUCACGACAAGAGCCCCUACGACGCGCCAAACGCGGAUGUUCGUAUCGAUCACGUCAUAAUACCAGACGAGCUCGCCCGUUUUCGUCUACCGGAAGGCCAGCUUGGUCCUGGCUCCACGCAUAUCUUCCGGUCUCGCGACCCCUCUUGUGAGCGCGAGCGGCCCCUAUUGAAUCUCGUCCUCCCUACACCUAAUAUCACCCCCCGCGCCACACCUGCCCCUGAGCAGCAGAAGGAGGCGGACCGUGAAGCGAGACAAGAGGAAAAGCCGAAGAAGAGCACACGUGAAGUGCCAAAGCCUAGAUCCGUAGAGGUGACUGCCACUCCCGCGGAUAUCGCCCCUGAAGUCGUUCCGGAACCAAAACAAAAGGUUGUCGAGAGACCAACGACACCCACGGCCAAGUCGGUGACCUGGGGCGAGAACGAGACCAAGAGUUUUGAGAUUGAGAGCCCGGAGCCUCCGAAGAGCGUGCCCUCAUCCACUUCUCCCAAGAAGUCGAAGAAGCGCUUCGGUAAGAGCACCCCGUGGGGCGUAAUCGCCGCAGCCAUCGGCGGAGCGGGCGCUGCAGCGGCAGCUACCUCCGAGGUUCACGAUCCUUUCGAGGAGAACAAGACGACGGAAGACAGGGAGAGACACAGCCCACCGCAGUCUCCCAAGUCCCGAGCCGUCGAGCCUUCCUCGGAGCCUAUCGUUUCCCCCAUCCAUCCCAAGGUCACCACCUCGUUUGAGGAUGAUUUGCCUCCUGCGCCAGGUCCGAAGCCGUCCAGUCCACAAACCUCUCAGAUGCCCGGGGCGUUUGCGGAUGAUUUAGAGUUCGCGUCCGUCCUCGCUGCUGGCUUGCAAGACACUGGAUUUGACCCCAACAUUGUCAUUGACAACCCGACCUACAUGCGGCGUGAUAGUCCGCCGGGCCAGAAUGAGCCAAUCUACCAGCAGCCUUACGUAGAGACGGUCAAUGACCUGGGAAUCUACGGUCCUGAGAAUAUCGGGCAGCCCACGGCCGCCCGCGAGCCAGGCCACGUCAUUAGCGAGGUUCAAGACACUCCUGUGGAGAAGGACCUGAAAAACGGCCAUGCUGCUUUCGACACUCUCCCUAGAAAGUAUCGUGAUAAGGGCAAAUCCAAGGAGACCGAAGCCUUGCAUGAAGAGCCUGCUGGCGACGAAUCUGAGCCUGGUAGGAAGCUCAGCAAGAAAGAGAAGCGCAAGCAGAAGGCCGCCAAGAGACAGAGCGUCGAGAGCGCGCCGGAGGAAACAACAAAGGCGGUAACACCGCUGGAUCCUUUCUCACAAACGGCGCCCGAGCACGAUUGGAACGACGACAGGUCUCAGAGCCCCUCAACCGUUGUAUCAACCGUUGUGUCGGUCGGUCCCAAAGUUCGCGACCCUCUUGACGACCCCCUUUGGAAUUCGCCGUCGUUUUCCCACCGGGAUCGUCCUGUUGAAGAGCCCACAUACGAUUCCCGCCGUUAUGUUGACGAGCCAACUUACCAAUCCCGCCGCUCUGAUGAAGAGCCAACGUAUGACUACCGCCGUUCUGCUGACGAGCCAACUCCUCGGCGCCAGUCUGAAGAGCGAAGAUCCCCCCAGACCACCCGAUCCCUGGAUGAUUCUCCUUACGCUGGCACCUCUUUUGACGAACUGCCUUCUAUCCAAGACACAAGAUCCUUUGACGAGUCUUCUUCUCUCUACUCUCAGCCUUCUGAGGUGCCAAGCUCUUACGUACGCUCCCGCGAUGAGCCAUCUCCUCAGGCGCCGGCGUCAUCUGAGACACCCAAAGCAGAUGACGACGCCGCAGCCCCGACGAAGUUGAGCAAGAAAGAAAAGAAGAAGAAACGGUCUUCCAGAUCAGACAUUGUUGUGGUACAGGAGGAUGGGAAAGAGCCGCAGGAGAUCAUCGUUGAGGAGCCGCGCAGCUAUCGCGAGGAGCUGCCCGAGCACAACGACACUGCUCCGACAGAACCUCGCGAGAGGGACGAUGACCCGUUGGACUCGCCAGUGAAGAAGAAGAAAAAGUCCAAAAAGUCCAAGCAGAGCUCUGACGAGUGGACCGACGUCGAGAAGCAGAUUGAGGACGUCUCUGCCGGCGGUAGAAGCUCGCCCACCAAGCCUGUGGACGAUUGGGACGAUCGUCCUGCCAAAUCGCGGCGGGAUCGAUCUAGGAUCGACGACCAAGACACAGGCUCUGUCGUGUCCGAUUCGACACCGCGGCGCAGCAAGUCUGAUCGCCGCUCCAACGGCAGCCGUUACGAAGAAGACGACGCCAAGUCUGUGGCAUCAGAUGGGUCCGGUCGUAAGAGACGUAGCCGCGACGACAAGAAGAGUGUCAAGGACGAUGACAAAAAGAGCACCAAGGAGGAAGAGAAGCGCGGCAGCAGCGGGUUCUUCAGCCUGUUUAGACCGGGAAGCGGAAACAAGGACACAUCUGGAAAGGAGGAGAAGUCUUUUUUAGAUAAUGCCGGCACCCUUGGCGCGGGUGCCGGCUUGGCGAGCGCCGUGGCAGCUUUGGGCUCCAUGAUGUCCCGCUCCAACGCCACCGAACCUCAACCGGAAGAGUCUGAACAUUCUCGUUCUUUGGAAAGGACCGCCAGUGCUUCCUCAGAUGUGGACAUUCUCGACCCCGAAAUCACACAGCGGACAAUCAGGCCAGCCAUCGACCCGCAAUAUGGCGACCUCCUUCCCCUCCCGCCUAGUCCUAUGCCGCCGAGCACUCCUGGCUCUCCAACGGAAGAGCUCGACGACCUCCCUGCCCUGCCUGACAGCCGGCCAGAAACGCCCCCAGAGGAGCGGAGACGACAGCACGAGAUGAAGACGCAUGUCCGGCGCCGCAGCAACUUGGACACCCCGCACAAGAGCCCAAGCCAAACUGCGGUGCCCUUCAAGCUGCGGCUCGGACAAAGGUCCAGCCCAUCAUCUCCAGGUAAUCUGGGACAUGCAAUCUCUCCCAUGACUUCUCCGACGGCUCCAACGGCCCCGGAGAACGCCCUGUCCCGGCGUCCUUCCAUCAGACCAUUCUCGUGGGAGAGCAGCAAGGAAAUUAAACCGCUCUACCUGCUCGAGCAGGCUCGCCAGGAGCACGCCGCUCAGUCUACGGAGCCACACGUAGACUUUCCGGGGCUGCCACCCAGCGAGCCUUCGUCCCGAGAGUCCCCUGCACCGCAGUUUGCUCUCCGCGAGAACGACGUGGAGUACUUCCGCCAGCUUCAGGCGUCACCGUUCGAGCCUGAUGAGCUCCGUGUCAACACGGAUGUGUUCCGCUCUCCGGCUGCACGAGACCAGUUCAGCUCGCAGGAGACAACGCCAAAUGCCGAGCAAGCACUGCACCAUACUCGUGCCAUGUACCGCCCCGAGUCCCCUGCUCUACCUGUCGUUCCAGACCUAAACAUACGACUGGAGCUGUCGGGGCGUGACCUGGCUGCGCUACCUGUUCUCCCUGCCAGCCCGGCAAGUACGGGAACCGAGCAUGAAGCUGCAGUGCCUGCCGAGCCGUCUUUGGAGCGCGCAGUAGCAGAUCUACCUCCUCUAUCUGACGAUCCAGAGUCUCAGGCUGGGUUGGCAGAGAAGCCCAGAAGCCCUGUUUUCCUCCCUGAAUCGCCCGCACUUCCCGGCAUGCCUGAUGCAGCCAGGCAACUGGAAUCUUUCGAGUAUGAGCCGAUGGACCUGCCAUCUCUUCCCGCUAGUCCUGUGACAGAUCAGGCGCCUUCUCCUGUUAUGCAGUUCCACGACGCGGAAGAUUUCCCUGCUCUUUCAACAAGUCCAUUGGCUGAGGACGCGUGCGAAGCGCCGCAUACUGUCCCCAAAUUCCUCCCUGAAUCUCCUGCUCUUCCGCCUGUCACAGAGACCCAUCGAAUCGAUCUCCCAGACCAUUACUUUGAGGCUUUGCCUGUUCUACCUGCCAGCCCCAAGGUAGAGCCUCGAGCUUCGCCCAAGAGCGUCCGCUUUGCCCCCGAAUCUCCUGCGCUUCCUAUCAUCCCAGACAACGCCGAAGGUUUUGGUCUCCCAGCACAUUACCUCGAUGAGUUGCCUGCCCUCCCCGGCAGCCCUGUUGCAGAGUAUCAGCCAAUUGCAAAUGGCGUCAGCUUUGCACCCGAGUCGCCCGCACUUCCCUCGGUUGUAGAUGCUGCACGGCUAGACAUUCCCGAGUACGAUCUUGCAGAGCUGCCCAGCCUUCCCGCCAGUCCGGUCCUGGAGCACAGGGACCGCGAUAUUGGCCCCAAGUUUGCACCCGAGUCUCCAGCUCUGCCAGCGUCCCCAGACAAGUUUAGAGAUGUCAUCUUCCCGGUCGACUCAGUGGACCAGUUGCCUGCUCUGCCUGGCAGCCCUAUACUAGAGUACCAUGAACCUGCUCCUACCAUCAGCUACGCGCCGGAGUCUCCAUCCCUUCCCACGUGGCCCGGCACAGGUUUCUGCUUGCCCACGCAGCUUGAGACAGACCUGCCUGCUCUUCCUCUCAGCCCUGUUUUAGAGCAGCAAAACCCUCCAGCAACAACCACCUAUGCUCCAGAGUCCCCUUCUCUCCCCACGAUUCCAGAGACAUUUAGGCAUUUCGACACACCGGCUUACAAUGUGGAUGAGUUGCCCUCCCUUCCCGCCAGCCCUGUGGCAGAGCACGAGGCCGUUAGAUAUAUCUAUGCACCCGAAUCCCCGGCUCUCCCCUCAUUUCCUGGCGCGAACUUAUACUCCCCAGAGCAGCAGCUAGAGGAUUUGCCUUCUCUUCCCGGUAGCCCUCUGGCGGAGACUGAGGCAUCGCUGAAGAAGUUCGCCUAUGCGCCUGAAUCCCCUGGUCUGCCCUCAGUUCCUGGCGCGAGUUUCUACUUUCCGGAGCAGCAGCUAGAGGAGUUGCCUUCUCUUCCUGGUAGCCCUGUGGCCGAGGACGUGUCGAAGAAAUUCACGUUUGCACCUGAAUCGCCCGCUCUUCCCACUGUUUCAGGCGCAGGUUUUUACUUCCCUGAGCAGCAGUUAGGAGAGUUGCCUGCCCUCCCUGGAAGUCCUUCAAUGGAGCCUUUUGUCACGGACCGUGAGGAGAUUGCCCCUCCAAGGGUCGUCUACGCACCUGAAUCGCCCGCUCUUCCCUCCGUCCCAGACACGGCUAUCUACUUUCAGGAGCAGCAGCUGGACGAUUUACCUUCCCUUCCCGGAAGCCCUGUAGCGGAGCCCCUUGUGAUGGAGCGUGAGGAGCCUGCCCCUCCUAAGGUUGUUUUCGCACCUGAAUCGCCUGCUCUCCCUUCAGUCCAAGAUGUGGGUUUCCACUUCCCAGAGCAGUCUUUGGAGGAGCUACCUGCUCUACCCAGCAGUCCUACAACGGAGCCUAUGGUCAUGGAUCGUGAAGGGACGAAUGCCCCAAGGAUCACCUUCGCCCCAGAAUCCCCCGCCCUUCCCCCACAAACCGACUUCUACUUUCCAGAGCAGCCCAUGAAAGACCUACCUGCUCUGCCUCCUAGCCCUGUGGCAGAACCUGAGGAUCAUUCAAGAGGCCCUACACUUGCGCUCGAAUCGCCCGCGCUUCCUCAUCUCCCGGACGCAUCUCACCAGCUGUAUGCCUCUGAUCACCAGCUAGAAGAUUUGCCUGCUCUGCCGACCAGCCCUGAGACGUUACCGGCGGUCGGGACACUUCCAGAGCCAGAGCCAGUUGAGGUCACCUCCAAGGACAGAAACACACCGCCGAGCCCCACGCCCACCAGAUCUUUGGAUAGAUCCGAAGCGAUGGCUAAAGUUGAAGAGGAGAGUCUCUCCGAUGAGCGCGACGUCGCUCUUGGCGCCGUUGCAGGCGGUGCGGCAGCCGGGCUUGCUACGACUAUUCUCGGCCAUGGCGACCAGGCCGAGGGCAAAAAGCAGUCUGACCCCGACACCCAGAGUUUGGAAAACUUUGGAAUGUUCGAACCGGCAGGGCCACUUGCUGGAACGAAACUGUCCAAAAAGGCUAAAAAGAAGAAGAGAAAGAGUAAGGCGCUGUCUAUGGACGAGAACGCUGCCCCGACGGAGGCCGCCACUUCUACCGAGCCACCAGCCGAGAAUGCCGCCUUGCCGUCGAAUGACAAUGCUCCUGUCAGCCCGAUUGACAAGGACCGACGGCAGUCAAUCGAUGCUCCUCGCGAGAUGCCCGCAGAAGAGUCUGCACCUCCUUCUAGUGAAGUUGACACCGAGGCCCCAGCUGAAGAUCCAUCGACAGAGGCCUUCCCGAGCGAAGCCGCUCCCACUUCGGAAACGCGCGCUGCUGAGGAGACGCUUCCAACGGAGGCUCCAUCGGUUGUGGCCCCUCCCGAUGAGGUCUCCAUGCCCAUAUCCUCUUCAUCUAAGUCGUAUGAAGAAGACCUCCCGUCAACGACUCACGCCAACCUUGAUCCGGCUGCCGGCAGCAAUGUCUUGUCCAACGACGAUACGCCUGUCUCCAUCGCCCCAAGAGAUGGUUUACCCCCACCGGUCGAGUCCAUCCAGCGUGAGACUCCUUCCGAUGACGUCGUCCGUGGAAUCGAGAGCCUACUAUCAAGCGCCAACGACAAUGUGCGCGGUGAAGACACUCCUGUGGAAACUCAGCCUGAGAUGCCCGCUGUUGAGAGCAAAGCGCCCGUUGAUGCUGAGGCCUUGGAGACUGCCCCUGUUGAGCCUUCUACAGCAGACCUUCCCGCCGAAAAGAAGCUGUCCAAGAAAGACAAGAAGAAACUCAAAAAGGCUCAGGCUCGGGCGUUGGAGCUUGAACAUUCUGCGAAGCCUGACGAGGAACGCAACCAGAUCGAGUCUGCCACGGAACCAGUGCCAGAUCAAUUGCCAGAGGACAACUUCACAUCCUCCCUUGCCGACGACACGCUUCCCGCGCCUGAGACUGAAGCACAUGACUCUAUGGUUGAGGUGGAAGCUGCUGUGGCUGACGCUGAUACUGGUGGUCCAGCCCUUGAGACUGAGCAAGCAUCCCAGCUGCCUGAGCCACAGGCCGCGACUUGGCUUCCCAAAACCGAAACCACCGUUCCCGCUUCUGUGCCACAGAGCGACGAACCGGCUCUCUUGCCCGGCACAGGCGGUUCAUCCUCAGCGCCGACUUCCGGCGAGAGCAAGGACGUCAAUGAAGCCGAGCAGCCUGUUGCGCCUUCAGUCACCGAGCCUUCAUCUCCCGAGACAAAGAAGAGUAAGAAAAAGAAGAAGGCAAAGAAGGCGCUCGAUCUGGAUGGUGAAGUCAAGUCAACGUCUGAGGCCAGUGAAACCAACCCCGUUGCUUCCGAGCCAGUGACGCCAUUCCCGGAGCAGGAAGUGUCGGCCAAGCUGGAUGAGAGCCCCUCCACAUUCGAGUCCACAGCACCAAUUGCCCCGUUGCCCGACGCGGAGUUUCAACUUCAGCACACUCCUAUCUUGGAACAAGAUGACAACCAGUUGGCACGGGGAGACGAUGUGGCAGACUCGUCGGCUCCAAUUGAAGCGGACGUGGAGAAGACAGCCAGCAUGGACGAGCGUACAUUGGAGUCUAAGCCUACCGUUGAAGCGGAAGAGAAGCCUGCCACUCUCGAGGACACUUUGUCUGGUCAUAACGAGGACGUUCCCACAUUGCAAGACGCGCCUGCUGAUGGUCAGCCUUCCUUGGGGCCACAAGUUUCAAUUUCUGGCUUGGAAGAGAAGUCGGUCAGCUUGGACGACGAUUCGGCUCAAGCACAAACGGCCCCCGGUGAAGACGAGGCAAAGCUCGGCAACACGGAGGACGACCUGCCACUGCUGCCGACUCUGCCUGCGGACGAUGUCCAGCCUGCGCAGGAACCAACGAGUGCCGUCCGUGAGAUCGCAGAGCCGGCGGAGACAUCGCCCACCCCCCCUCUCAAGGACCAGAACCUAUCUUUGGCGGCUGAGAAUGAACACGUUGAGGCCAAACCUGUCUUUGAACAGGAAACUCCUGUUGCAGACGUCCAUGCGGACCUUGCCGAGAACCCUGAAUUGCCUUCUUCAGAAUCACGUGGAUUGGAUCUGGAGGCUACGCCCACCAGCCCCAUGGAAGCUACUUCAGAGAAUGUCUACUCCGGCACACUCGAGGACAGGUUCCCCAAAGGAUCGCAGCCCACAACCAGCGAGGCAGAGACCGCUAAAGUUCCCGCGGCGGAAUCUGGCCCCAAAGAGGAUCCCCUCUCUACUUCUGAACCUAUUGACAAUGUCCCUUCCACGACCCAUAGCGCAGCUGAGCUUCCCGAGCUUUCCGAGCCUGGGCCAGCGAGCACGCAAAUGCCGUCCGCCGAAUCUGCUCAGCCUGAGCAAUCGGAAAAGAAGAAGAAAAAGAAGAAGAAGAGCAAGGGACCUUCUCUGUCCCAGUUGGACGACAUCCUAUCUAUGGAAAACACACCUGUUCAGACCCCAACGACGGAGACUCCUCCUGUCGUUCCUCAAGCUGCUGAGACUCCGUUAACAGAGACUCCUUUAGUCGAUAAUCCAGUAGUCGAGACUCCGAUCGUUGAGACUCCUACGGGUGAGACUAUCGUUGAGACUCCAGUUGUCGAGACUCGUGACCUCGAGGCUCCUGUAGUUGAUAACUCUGUAGUCGAGACUCCAAUCGUUGAGACUCCUACGGGUGACACUGCUGUUGCUUUCGACGAAGUAGACACGGCUUCCCAGAUUACUCCAGCUCCUGCCGAGGACCUUCCUGUUGAACCCCCUGCUUCCAAUACUCCAUUUGGUGAGACUACAGUCGUUGAGACUCCUGUAAUCGAGAACCCCGUAGUUGAGACUCCUAUUGUUGAGACUCCUACAGGCGAGACUACUGUUGAGACUCCGGCUGUCGUCGAGACUCAAAUCAUUGAGACUCCGGCUGCUGUUGAGAAUCCGACCAUGGCUGGUGCCCCCGAGGAAAAGGCGCUAGAUUUCACAGAAGAGCCAACCCCGGAUACGGUCACUUCGAUCGAGAAGGCAUCCAACGAAGCUCAGGGCAAUGACCUGGAUGCUGCAAAAGAGCAUCUGGCCGUCACCGCAGAGACUCAAGAGCUACCAAGCAGCACGUUGACAGAGUCAGUCGGCCAGGCUGACAAUGUAUCUCCCCUGUCAGAAGAGCCUUCACCAUCUCGCAAGAACGAGGUCUCAGAAUCCGACGCUACUACUAUCAUCCCUCAAGAUGAGUCCAUGGAGCCUGCAGCCAUUCCCGAGCAAGCCCCCAUGGCCGAAGAGACGGCGACAAAGGAACCAGACGAACCGGAGACGGCUAUUCGCGAAUCUCAAGAGCCUACAAACGCCGAAAGCGACGAUGAGGCUUUUGCAACGCCGCCGCAACGCCCCAUCACCAUUGAAACCGAAGAUGACGCGCCUGGAAGCCUUUCGCAAGAGCCCACCCUUCUCGACAGCCAAAUUGACGCGGUCGAUACUAAGCCGCAAGAGCCGUUCAUUGAGAAGGAGCAACCCCGCGAUGUUGAGACGCCAGUCGAACCCGACUCGCCAGUUGAGUCCAAGAAGAGCAAGAAAAAGAAGAAGAAGGCAGCAGCAGCAGCAGCGGCAGCCGCCGCGGCUGCAGCCCUACAAGCAGCCAUCGAGGACACUCCUGGAGACCAGAAGGACCAGAAGGAGGCAAAGGACGAGACGAUCACGGACAAGGGCACGAGCAUCACACAAGACAAGACGGGAGACACGGAAUCACCGCCGCCUGAGCUCCCGACAAGCGGAGAAUUCGCUACGGACGUCAAGAUUUCAGAGGAGGCGGACGCAGGGCCAGCUGUUACCAAAAAGGGAAAGAAAAAGAAGAAGGGCAAGAAGUCAUCAACCUUGGACCCGGAGCCUGAGAACAGCCCGUCCACAAGUAUCCCCGAAAGCACGGCAGAUGUAGCGAAUACAAUGGACAAGUCCGCUUAUGUUUCCUCUCCGCCGAGAGAGCCUGUCAGUGACGAAGCUCGUUUCCCGCCAGCAGAAAGCUCAACCGAGGCCGAACCUGUUGCAAAUACGGGCGAGCAAAGACGAAAAUCCGUGACGUGGGCACCUGCACUGGGAUCCGCCGCGAACAAUUCCGAUCUUCCUCUUCAGGAAGCCGGCCACGGCUCGGAAUGGCAACCUGAGGCGGCGACGGCCCCGCCCCCAGCCACCGGAGAACUACAAAUGACGGAGCCAAGCGAACCUGAGGAUCGAUCGGAGGCAGAGAGCCUGCCUCGCGCAAUUGGCGAGGAGAUGCAGGGUUCGGACACGAUGGCUGUCGACGAGACAAGCGAAGGUGUGGCGCAGAAGGAUCUCGACCCAGAAAGCCAAGCUCAAAGGCACCCUGCAAGCGAGACCACCCAGACGCUGCCCCAACAGCACGAGCACGAACACGCGCACGACAUUGCUGCUGACCCCAUCGACUACUUCCCGUCAUCCUUUGGGCUGCACGCAACAACGCGGGGAGCCACGAGGAGCGACGCUUCAAUUCCCACCGCCCAGCAGGCCUACUUCCCCUCCGCCCACAGAAUGCUGCCCGCAACUGGCUCGUCCAGCAGUGGUGCGGCCAACCGGAAGGGCGGUGAGACACUGGAGGGCGAUGAGCAAGCGGAGCAGGUGGCAAGCAGCGAGGCUGAUGCAACAUCGGACGCCGAACAUGCUGAACAGGCGGGCCGUUCUGGUGCCAUUGGCAAACCAUCUGCGACAGCAGACGCCCAAACGGGAGAGGUUGGCACCAGCGACCCCGGCCUGCAUGCCAUUGUGGAGCCGGACAGUGGGCCAGGGCACGACAAAUCACUGGUCGACACGCAAAACGGGCGGAUGACGGAUGCAGAACCCGUGGGACCGGCCCUCACCGACUCGGCCCUGGAGGCUGGUGACCCACAAAACACCCCGGUCCAACCCUUGGCCAACCAAGACUCUAACCCGAAGAUCCCCCAACCUUUACCCUCCCACGCCGCCUCCAGCAGCACCUCGCCUUUGGACGAGGUACCCAGUCCCCGUCCCCGUCCCCGUCCCCGUCACACUCCCAGCAGUCCCAGUUUGUUGGAGCGUGCCAAAAAUUCUGACGCGGGGAUUAUCGAUCCCGCCGCCGCCGCCGCUGCAUCAGCCGAGUCUCGCCCGGAAGACUUCAAUCUCAACGACUCUCCCUACAUUGGGGAUUUCAGAGAACACAAGGCCGAGGAAGAGCAGCACCCCGUUCCCCGCGCCACCGAUGCUGCACUUCCGGGUCAAACUGCCGCCCCGGAAUCACUUGGUGAAUUCAUCGCCUCGGAGCCGCAAGUAGACUCAUCGUCGGAGACCGUUCCAGGCCUUGAACCCACAGGGAUUGUGAAUGCUGGGAGCACCACCCAGAGCCCUGACGAGACUGAGACACAGCCCGAGGAGGGAGCUGACGUCUGGUCCGAGCCCGCAACCCCAAACAUGUCCAAAAAAGACAAGAAGAAGGCCAAGAAGGCAAAGGCUGCCGCCGCCGGAGAGCCGGACGAUGUUGAAGACACCCAAGCACGGGAUGUGGAUGACAGCCCCUCAGCUGCUGAACCCGGUGCCUCGGCACCGAUUGAGUCAUCGGCGCAGCCGGAGCCGGCUUCCAUCCCGGACGCUGCCAGCGCUCCCGGCGCAGAGGACAUUGCGCUGUGGGCUGGUGAUGAAGGAUGGGCGAUCCAACCUAACAGCAAGAAAAGCAAAAAGGACAAGAAGAAGAAGCGCGCCGCAGCUCAGGCAGCUGACGAGGCUGACGCGGUUGUAGCGCAGCCCGAAGAGUCUUCCUCAAAGCCCGAAGAAAUCGUUGCUGAGCAAGCGCCCCCUUCUCCACCAGCACAGGAUGAGAGGUCUCCGAGUCUGGAAGAUGCAGUAAAUGAGCACCAGACUACUGCUGAGACUUCUGACCUUCCCCUCGAGACCUCUGAGGCUGUUGUCGAAGGCGUGCCCGAAGAUGUUCCCGGCGUGUCCCAUGUUCCUGAUGCCCCGCAUGAUACAAGCGCUGGGGAUGAGCAACCGCAAGCACCUCAAGAAGCUGAUGAUGCUGGUUCGGAAGUACCAACAAAGAAGAGCAAAAAGAACAAGAAGAAGCAGCAGCAGCAGCAGCAGAGCUCUGUUGGUGAAGAAGCCCAAGGCAGUCUCCAGGAUCCAACACGGCAGGACCACCAGCCUGGACAUGGGGAAAGCACAUCCACUCCCGCGCCUGCCCCACCUGUCGACACUUUGCCCGCCGACGCAGAACAUCUCCAACUCUCCAGGGACCCCCAAACCCUUGACGAUACCUUGCCCGAGGAUUCAUCAAAGGCCUCGACCCAGGAAGACACCCUCAUUCUCGACCGCCCAGAAGACGCACCAAACCCAGCGUCCGUCUCUCAACCGCCGCCGGCUGCUGAGGCUGAGGUCCCUCAGGAAGCACAAACAAUGCCUUCGGAUAGCAUUGCCGACACCACUGUUCUGGCAGAAGAUGAGUUCCCCGUCGUAACCAAAAAGUCGAAGAAGGACAAAAAGAAGAAGAAGAAGGGCCUCGAGACCCCAGAUGAGCCGAUUGUGACGCUGGCGACGGAGCCAGUCGUCGAACAAACAAGCCCGCCGCAGCAGACUCCAGCGCCAGAGUCACAACCCACCCCCGCUGAAGUUCCCGCCGUCGACGAGCCUGCCUUUGAGCAAAUCGACUCGUCUGAACCAGCUCGGGUGCUCGAGCCUGAUGCACCAUCCUUCAGCACGCCUAUGACCGCGGAAGAAGCCCGUCCGUUGGAGGAGGAGGAACCCAUCUCCCCAAAGAAGUCGAAAAAGGACAAGAAGAAAAAGAAGAAGGGUGCUUCCGCUGACAUCCUCGCGGAGCAACCCCUGCCUACGGAAACGGAGACCCCCCUUGCCCCCGAAGCCGCCCUUAUUGGACAACCCGAACAGAUGGUGAUGCCAGAGACUGAAAGCACUCCCCAGCCAACAGAUGUCUUCACUGAAGACGCGACUACUACGACUGAUGAACCCCAAACCCUGCAAGAGGAGGUAGCGCGCGAGCAACCCAUGGAAACCACGCCUGAUGACGAACCAGUCAGACAAGAGAGCUCUAUUCAUGACGCCACUGUUGGUGAGGCCACCCCAGCUGUGAUUGCUGAGCCUUCACAGCACGAAGAUCCCAUGGAUCUGGAUGUUGCCGCAACGGAAGAGCUGUCUAAGGCAGAUGUUCCCCCCGUCGCCGAGACCGCCCUAGCGGACACUGUUCUUGAUCCCACGCAGACAGCCGAGGCGCCGCAGCCGGUCACCGUCAACGCAGAGGAUGAGUUCCCUAUUCCGGAGAAGAAGUCGAAGAAGGACAAGAAGAAGAGCAAGAAGGCCCAGGAGGCCCAGGUGGAGCCAGAACUUGAGGCUGAGCCUCCGGUUGAGCAGUCUUUUCGGGAGGAAACAGUGGCCGCCGAGCCCGAGCCUGCGAGUGCCGCUGUGGAGCCAGCCGAAGAGAUUCCAAUUUUGGAGGAGGAGAAGACGCCGGUUCAGGAACCCGAAAUCAUUGAGACAAGCCAGCCAGUGGUUGGCGAGGAUGAGUUCCCGCUGCCAGACAAGAAGGCCAAGAAGUCGAAAAAGAAGAGGGAACAGGCUCUUGAGAUGAUCGAGCCGCAACCCUCACUCGAGCCUGCUGCCGAGUCUGCCGUCAACCCUGUCACUGAGCGCUCUCUUGACAUUCCUUCGGACAAUGUUCCCUCGGCGGAAGACAUCUCCCAGGAGCCACCAACGGACACGCCGGCCGACCUCAAUGAUGUCCAGGAGCCUGCCACCGAGGCCCAAGAUGUUCCGCUUCCUGACGCGGACACGCUCAAGGAAGACGUCGCCCUCGAGGCAGAUAAAGCGCGCAGUGACGAGGCAGACACAUUUGAUAUCCCGGAGGGCCAACCUUCUCUCCCACUAGAUGAUGAGCCCUCUUCGCCCAAGCUUUCCAAGAAGGACAAGAAGAAAAAGAAGAAGGCCAAGCUGCAGGAUGAUUCAAAUGUUCUUUCUGAUGCUACGCCGACAGUGGAGGUUCCCGAGGAACCUCUUCCCAACGUCCAAGAGGCGGCACAGGCUGACAUUACUGCUCCUCCAUUCGAGUCCACACAGCCGUCUGAGGAGGUCCCCACUGAUCCUGCUUCUAACGCGACAGGCCUCACAGCUCCCGCGACAUUACCAGCCGAGGACUCCAUGGAGGUGAUGCCUUCGCAAUCGGCCGAGGCGGAUGUCGUCAACACCCAGGAGUCCACGGCUCCCCAGCCUGAACAAGAGGUUCCCUUGACGCCCAAGAAGUCAAAGAAGGACAAGAAAAAGAAGAAGAAGGGCUUGUCCAUGGACGAUACCGCUGUUGAACAAGAAACCUCGAGGUCGCUGGCUGUUGCCGACGGCGCAUCCGACAAUCUCCCAGCAGCAGCAAGCGCGCCCGCGGCUGAAGCACCUACCAAUAUCCCUUCUGAGGCUUCUAUCUCGGCUCCCAUCGAGCCAGUCGUUGAGAAGGUUGAGUUUCAGGAUGAAAUGGACAUCGAUGUAGAACCACCCACAACUGUCGAGCAGGCACCGCCUACGUCAACGUCGGACACUCCCGUCAUUGCAACGGAAACUCUGCCCGAGCCGGCCCAGCCGGUGGAAGAGAUCGUUCCGGUUGCCCCGAUUACUGUAGACCAACCGACAACGACAUCAGAGCCAAAGCUUGAAAGCGUCAAUGACGUGCCCUCUGCCAGUUUGGAGGAUGCCAUGCAGACCAAGGAAGCCGCCGUCGCCCUACCAGAAGAUGAAUGGCCCGAGACAUUGCCUGCCAAGAAGUCAAAGAAGGACAAGAAGAAGAAAAAGUCUCAGGCGCAAAACGACCUGAUGGCGUCUGAGGCUGCCACUCCUGCGACAACGGCGGUGGAAGAGGUCAAGGAAGAAGAGCCGGCCGUCUCCACUGUAGAGGAGGCCAAGAUCCCCGACAUCGCCGCACCCGACGUUUUCCCAGAUGAGAGAAACCUCUCCGAACCCCUUAACGUCGAUGCCAACAUGGGCCUGGUUCGCGAGAUGGAACGUCCUCAUUCUCCCGCAGACAACAUCCUGGAAGAGCAGGAGACGGCGCCGGCAGAAGAGAAACAGCAAGAUGCCACGACUGACGCUGCAUCUUUCGACCCUCUGGCAGCUUGGACAAACGAGUGGUCGAGUGCUCCGACAAAGAAGAGCAAAAAAGACAAGAAAAAGAAGAAGCGGCAGAAUCAAGUACUUGAAGAUGCCGAAGUUGCCAUUCCCCAGGAGGACGAUAUCACGUCAUUCAAGCCAGAGAGCGAGCCGUCCACCGCUGCCGAUUCUUUCAAUAACCCCCCUACAAUCGCCGAACCCUCGGAUGCCAUCUCCAACCCUCCUUCACCGGCGCGGGCCCGGACACCAGCUCUUGCGGAGCAAUCCAUUAUUUCAGUCAGGUCUCGAUCUCCUGACCUCAAGGAGCACUCGGUUCUUUCGAGAAGGUCUGAAUCGCCUGAUCUUGCAGAGCGCUCGCUUCUUUCUGGGCGGUCCCGAACCCCUAAUUAUGCCGAGCAAAGGUCUCGAUCGCCCAAUUAUACAGAGGGCUCGUUUCUCACUAGGCGGUCUCGAUCUCCUAACUACACGGAGCACUCGCUUCUUUCGCGACGGUCUCGACGAUCUCGAUCCCCUAAUUACACGGAGCAUUCCAAUCUCUCUGGACGAUCUCGAUCUCCCAAUUAUGCGGAGCGCUCGAUGCUUUCAAUACGGUCUCGAUCUCCUGAUUUUGCGGAACGCUCAAUGCUCUCCGAGCGACCGACCGAGAGUGUUGCGCAGGAAGACGACGACCGGGAGAGCAGACAUGACAACAGCAAACCCCAAAGCCCCGCAGCGAAAGACCGAGCCCACUCAAGUGCAAGUCAUCGACAAGACGUCAAUGUCGACGCCGAUGGUUCGCGUCCCGCCUCGCCGACGGCAGCCUUGGACACUUCGAGAAGUAUGGACCUCCCAGAAACCACACGUUCGUCUCUGGACGUGGUCGACCUCGGCGCAUGGGACGUUCCAGUGACCAAGAAGUCGAAAAAGGGAAAGAAGGGCAAGAAACAGUCGAUCCCGGUUGACGUAGAAUCUCCACAAAACAUUGACCCGACGCCGACGCCUGCGCCAAACGCCGACCAGAGCCUUGCGCCAGAGGGUGCCGAGAACGUGGGAUACUUUGACAAGGAACCCCUCGAGGAGAACAGGAGUGCGUCCGCGCCGCCUCCUCCCGAGACAGCAAGUACUCUGCUGACCCCAGCGGACACCCCUCGGCCAGUCGAUGCUACAGCGCCUUCUCCCAAAUCAUCCACGUCCGCGGAUGUUGACUUGACGCCGGCGCAAGAGACAAGCAGAGUCGUGCACGAAGUGCCCUAUGAACAGCCCGACAAGCGGAAGAAACUGAAGACCAGGGAGCAGUCCAACACACUGUUGCCGGAACCAAUCUUUAGCUCCCGCGAUAUCGCAGCUGUGGACCUUGAGGAUCACGGCAGCCAGGAAAACAACGCUGUCGGGCAAGUUGGCACGAUUGCAGAUGUUUCGUUGCUUCCGACAUCUACGCCGGAUGCCUCUGAACACCAGGGCCCUUCGGAACCAAGCGUAGACAGGGGCGUUUCUGAACAUCAUCCUACAUCAGCGCCGGACGCCUCUGAACAACAAGGCCACCCGGAACCAAGUGUAGACAAGCAGGUUCCUGAACACCCUUCAUCUGCUCUCGAUAUUGCCGCUUCAUACCUCGAGCACAAGACUGAACACGACCCUAUCGAGACUACCCGGGCCAUGACCCCCGAAAAGCAACACCAAGAUACCGGCUCAUCAAAACUUGGUGUCGCGGCUGGCGCGGCGGCGAUUGCGGCGGCAGCAGCAACCCUCGCCAAGUCUAGCAGCGCCAAGAAGAAGGGAAAGAAGUCCAAAUACGCAGACAAACGCAGCUCGCAGGAGGACGACUUGUUUGACGAUCCAUCGCUGUGGGAAGGCGCCGACAAGAAGCACGUCAGUGAGGCUGCAAACGCAGAGGUUGAGAAGUUCUGGGGCGGUGUAGAGCCGCAGAGUGCGUCUGCUCAAGGGGCGCCAGCCGAGCCGGACACUACGAAGGAUGAGGAGCAUCACAAAAGACAAGACAAGACGAUGGAGGAGGAUGAUGUUUUUGCUCCAAACACGAAGCAAAGAGAUGGCCCGCCCAUUCGACAGAACCCAGUCGAAUCUGGCGAAUUGCCGUCACCGAAGGAGAAGGAGGAACUUUCAAAAGGCAUGCCUAGUCUGACAGCGCCUCUGAAGGAAAAAGCUCUGGACGACAAUGUCGAAAGCCCUGUACUGGGGCGAGAGGAAAAGACUGAAGAGAUCCCAUCGGCUACUCAAAGGGACGCUCGCCAAUCGCUGGAUCCAGAGCCAAGCACGAUGACCAGUGAUCUGGACGAGGCCGUCGAUCGCGGCUUCGAGGCCGAGUCUCGCCGCGAUCUUUCCAGCGUCCUCUCAUCCCGAAGCCCCGAGCCAUUCUACGAGACAGGAGGUUUCCGAAGCCCGGUCCCAAGCAUCCUGCCACCAGUCCAGGAGGAGGCUCACGAAGAAGCCGAACCUCAGCCCAGAUCUCUCCCCAAAACAUCAUCUCGGAGGGCACUACGCACACCAGAGCCCCACCGUGACAGCGCGCUGAGCUCAGGCUCGUCUCACCCUUUCCGCAAGAGUGGUCUCGACAGCCAAGUCGAGCGAGACAGCGGUGUCAUGCGCGACUGGCAAGAGACAAGUUCGCAAGGACGUGAGGCUCAGCGCACGCCCGAGCUGUCCAGUCACCGUGAGAGAAGGAGAUCUCGUGAAGCAGAGAGGGCAAAAUCACCAUCGGUCAGAGACCUUAUCCGACGAUCGCCUUUCGCCGAGGACGAGACUCGCGACUAUCCGAUGUCCAAGACGCCUGUUCUGCGCGACCCUGGGAGCCGGCAACUCGAUACCCCGACUCCAGAGCCGCACAAGAUGCGGCGCAUCAGUCCAGAGCUGGAGAGGAAGCGAUCCAAGUACCAAGACCUGGCCUCUGCGGCGCUGGCCGGGGCUGCGAUCAGCAGCACGUCGUCACCGCGUAGCACGCCCCCGCCCGGCAAUCGCAGCGUCUCGGAGCGUGUUGCACGGCUGCAAUCGCCAGCGCCGGUCGAGCCCCCUGUAGCGCGCAGAUCCAUAUCCAAUAGCAGCCUCUCGCGGCACAGGCGGGCCAUGGGCUCACAAACACCGGAGCCACUCAAGUUCCGGCCUGAAAGCCCAGGCAUCAUCUCUCGCCCAGCCACUGCCACCCCUCCUCUCCGCCGCCGGACAGACAGGCGCAUGAGCGGAGACCUGCGAUCUCUCAGCCAACGAAGUCAGCAAGACCUCACCCAGGACCCGACCAGCUCGUCAAACACCCCCGUCGCCAACGAGGGUCGUGUCCGCACCAAGGACAUGGCCGACGUCUUUGAUGGCUUUGGCGAGGGCCGCAUCGGCUCCCCCCGCUCGCCCACUAGACCACACAGCAUGCGUCGCCGUCAGAGCAUGCAAGUCCUCGAGCUCGAGUCUCGCGUCGAACAGCUCCUGGCCGAGAACCGCAUGCUCGCCGAUGCCCGAACCACCGCGGACACCACCACCACCAGCAAUCGCGCUUCAGCUUCAGGCAUCCUAGCCGAACGCGACGCCGAGAUCGACGUCCUCAAGCAGUCGCUCGAGUUCCUACAAAAAGAGGUCGCUCGCUUGACAGAGGUCAACGAGGGCCUCAACAGCGCCAACGCCCAGCUUGCUGCCCAACACAACGAACGCUACCGUUCAUUGGAGACGCAGCAUGCAGACACGUCGCGACAGCUGGACGAGGUUCGCAACGAACACGGCCGCUUCCAAGAGUCGCUGUCGCAAAAGGAUGCCGAAAUCAGCAAGCUGCGCUCCGAGCUCGACGCUGCCAAGGACAAGAUCCGCCAGAUGCAGCGCCAGAUUCUGGCCGCCAAGGGCGCCGACGCCGACUUUUUGAACGUCAAGGACGUCGACCAUUUCGACCACCGAUGCCAGCAGCUGUGCUCCCACGUUCAGCAAUGGGUCCUCCGGUUUUCCAAGUUUUCCGACAUGCGCGCUUGUCGGUUGACGAAUGAAAUCAAUGAUGAGAAGGUCAUUGACCGACUCGACAACGCCAUCCUCGAUGGCACUGACGUGGAUGCCUAUCUCGCCGACCGCGUGCGACGCAGAGACGUAUUCAUGUCCAUGACGAUGAACAUGAUUUGGGAGUUUGUGUUCACCCGUUACCUCUUUGGCAUGGACCGCGAACAACGACAGAAGCUCAAGUCGUUGGAGAAGCUCCUCACCGAGGUCGGCCCUCCUCAGGCCGUCCGACAAUGGCGCGCCGUCACCCUGACGCUGCUCUCCAAGCGCCCGAGCUUCAAGCACCAGCGCGACCUCGACACCGAGGCCGUGGUCCAGGCCAUCUUCCAGACGCUGUCCAAGGUCCUCCCUCCCCCGUCCAACCUGGAGGACCAGAUCCAAUCACAGCUGCGCCGUGUGAUGAGAGAGGCCGUCGACCUCUCCAUCGAGAUGCGCACCCAGCGAGCCGAGUACAUGAUGCUCCCGCCGCUGCAGCCCGAAUACGAUGCCGACGGCGAGCUCGCCGAGACGGUCACGUUCAACGCCGCCCUCAUGAAUGAGCGCAGCGGCGACAAGUCCCUCAACAACGAGUCUCUCGAAGGCCAACACGCCGUCGUCCGCAUCGUCCUGUUCCCUCUUGUCGUCAAGAAGGGAGACGACGCUGGCAACAACGAUGACGAGAUCGUUGUGUGUCCCGCCCAGGUGCUGGUGGCUCGGCCCAAGGGCAAGUCUGUCCGCCUGUUCACGCCCGGCAGCGAGGUUGGCGGGUCGCUGAUUGGCGGCAACGCGGCAGCGACACACAGCGAACUCAGCAUGGGCACUUUCCUGCCCGAACAAGCGUCGAACGUGCGAUCCAACUAA